CCACAACAUGAGAAUUUGAAUCUUUUUACACAACCGAGUAAAAAUUCACGACCUAAAUUUAUUUCAGAUCAUACUUAUGAUUUUAAUGAGCAUCAUUACUCGGGUUUUUUUAACAAAUAUAAAUGGUACGAUCCUAAUCCAAAACUC